AUGCCAAACAGUACGACUGUCUUGAUCGUUGGUGCAGGACCUUCCGGUCUUGUUGCAGCACUUUCUCUCCUCCAUCAUGGCUUUAAGGAUUUUGUCGUUGUGGAUGCUGUCGAGGAAGGUGAGAAUACCUCGCGCGCUCUGGUCGUUCAUGCCGCGACGUUAGAGGCACUGGAUACUAUAGAUUGCGGGGAAGAAAUCGUAGCGAAGGGAACCAAAUCAAAAGGCGUUAAUUUUCGCAACCGCUCUUCAAAACUCGUUUCCACCAACUUCUCGUCUCUGAACAAACACACCCGCCACCCGUAUAGUCUCGUCAUCCCGCAGAAUCUUACUGAGCAUAUUCUCGGUGAGAAACUCAAAGGCUAUAGCGUGACAGUUCACCGGCCAUGCAAAGUCGCCUCCUUGAAGAUGAAUGAAAACGAUGACAAUUUCACUGAUGUCAUAUUCGAAGAUGGAAAGACCAUCACUGCAAAGUAUGUCAUCGGCGCAGAUGGCGCUCAUUCUGUUGUUCGUCGGAUGGCGGGUAUCGGGUUCGCAGACCCUGAGACUGGCGAGAAGGGUGAUAGGAUUAACAACCUGAAUCAAAUGGUCCUUGCGGAUGUUGUCUAUGAAGGCAAAGACAAUAAUGACCUAGACUCGGAGUUUUUAGGUACGCUGUCGCCCGAGAGCUUCUUCCUUUCCAUACCUCUGCCCAAGUCGUUCAACGACUUACUCGCCAAGAAGGGGCAGGGAGUCGAAGCUCAAAUAUACCGUAUUGGCGCAGGUGUCCCUCUAGUGGAUGGAGAAAUACCGCAUUCGCCGAGUAAGGAGUAUCUACAGAACCUCGUUGAUCGAUUCGGGCCCACAAUCCUUUCAUCAGACUGCCUCAUACGCAUCAAGGAAGUUAUAUGGUCAACUCGGUUCCGUACGCAUUCCGCCAUCGCUGACAAGGCCUUCGCUCGAUUUGGUGGAGACGAGCUCCAGGGUGCUACAGUAGGGGGCGAUAAGUCCACCACGAAACACGGUGGUAUCAUCCUUCUUAUUGGAGAUGCGGCGCACAUCCACUCUCCCGCCGGCGGCCAGGGCAUGAACCUUGGCAUCCGUGACGCAGUGUUCCUUGGAGAGGCUCUCAUAAGGCAUAUAAACGCGUCUGCUUCGCAGCCCUCCAGCGUCGAUGCUGAUUAUAUCUUGCAUGAGUUUGCAGAGGGGAGGCAUAAACGCGCUCUAGAAGUGAUUGCAUUUACUAAGAACUUACUUUCACUUCUGGGGACGCCAGAUAAGAAGAUAUCAUGGUUGUUCCCAAUUUCGGCUACUACUGUGCGGGACUGGGUGAUGUGGUUUGCCUUCAAGUUUGAUUUCAUGCAGGCAAGGAUGGCGUGGGCGAUGAGUGGACUGGGGACAAGGUAG